AUGAGUCUAUGGAGCCUCAAAGAUCUUGUAGAGCUUGACUUCUCCAAUAAUUCUUUGGUUGGUUCUUUACCUCCAUAUUUCGGAAAUUUGAAUGCCAUAACAGUAGUAGAUUUGUCGAGGAAUCACCUUUCAGGAAGUAUUCCAACCAUGGUUGGAGACUUGCAGAAACUAAUUUAUCUUUCUUUGGCUUUCAAUGAGUUACAAGGAUCUAUUCUUGAGUCACUCGGAAAAAUGAUAAGUUUGGAAUCGGCGGAUCUAUCCAAUAACAUUCUUUCAGUUAUGAUUCCAAAAUCAUUAGAGGCACUUCGGUAUCUGAAGGAUUUCAAUGUAUCAUUCAAUAGGUUAGAAGGUGAAAUCCCAAGUAAAGGACCUUUUCUCAAUUUCACCUCUCAAUUUUUUAUGGGAAAUGAGGAGUUAUGUGGUGGUUUCCUUUUCCGACCUUUUAAGGCUAGGCUUGUUCAUCACUCAUGGAGAAGCAGAUUUCUGUUGAUUGUACUUGUCCCAUUGGCGGUUUCAUUUAUGGGACUUGGCUCAAUUGUUAUGUUCAUGUUCAGGAGAUGUAGAAAUGUUCCAACACAAGUCGAAUCCUUACCUGCAACAACGAUACUAGCCAGGAUCUCAUACAUUGAAAUCGAAAGGGCAACUCAGGGGUUCGACCAAUGCAACUUGCUAGGCCAUGGAGGUUUCGGUUCUGUUUACAAGGGCAUCUUUGCGAAUUGGAUGGUUUUGGCAGUCAAAGAGUUUAAUUUACAGAUUGAAGGUGCAUUUAAGAGUUUUGAUACUGAAUGUGAAGUUCUACGCAACCUUCGCCAAAGAAAUCUUACCAAAGCUAUCAGUAGUUGUACUAACAUGGAUUUUAAAGCAUUACUUCUAGAGUACAUGCCUAAUGGAAGCCUAGAGCAAUGGUUACAUUCUGAUGAUUACUUCUUGAAUAUGAUCCAAAGAUUAGACAUAAUGGUCGAUGUUGCAUCAGCUUUGGAAUAUCUCUGA